CUCAGGCAAGGAAUGGCUGGGGACAAUGAUACUGCAGUAACAGAGUUCUUCCUCCUGGGUCUCACAGACCAGCCCAAGCUGCAGGUCGCUCUUUCUGAGGUGUUUCUAUCCAUAUACAUUAUCACCUUGGUGGGAAAUCUGGGGAUGAUAAUCUUAAUCAAGACAGACCCACAACUCCAUUCCCCCAUGUACUUCUUCCUCAUUAACUUGUCCUUCAUAGGUAUUUGCAGCACCUCAACCAUCACCCCCAAGAUGCUGUCAACCUUGUGCAAUGAGAAGAUCAUUUCUCAUUCUGGGUGCAUGGCACAGCAGUUCUUCUAUUCAGGGGUCGUACCCCUGGAAGCCAUCAUGUUGGCAGUAAUGGCGUGUGAUCACUAUGUCGCAGUAUGUAAUCCCCUGAUUUAUAAUACAGCGAUGUCCCCUGAAGUUUGCCUUUGGCUCGUCACCGGUUCCUACGCUGCUGGCUUCACCACCACUUUCGUCCAAGUCAGCUGCACCUUCAGUUUAUCAUUCUGCAACUCCAGCAAGAUCCAGCAUUUCUUCUGUGACAUCCACCCGCUGCUGAAACUCCCCUGCAUGGACACCCACAUCAAUGAGAUUGUGCUCUUUACUUUCAGCUUUGUCAUUGGCUUGCCCACUUCACAAAUCCUCAUCUCCUACUCAUACAUACUCUCCACCUUCCUGCGCAUCUGCUCUGCUGAGGGAAGGAGCAAAGCCUUCUCCACCUGUGUGUCUCAUUUGACAGUCGUCACUGUGUUUUACGGGAGUACUUGGUUUAUAUAUUUACACCCUACUGCCAGCUAUUCACUGGACAGCAACAUGGUGGUCUCUGUGUUCUACUCCAUAGUGAUCCCCAUGCUGAAUCCCCUGUUCUACAGCCUGAGGAACAAGGAGGUGAAGCGAGCCAUCAGGAAAGCCAUCAGCAAGAGGAUUUCUUUGUAA